AUGACAGAUGCCAACUACACAGUCAAUGCUGAAUUAUGUCAACUCUACAGUCAAUGUGCCAACUACACAGUCAAUUCCACAAUCAGCUAUGAAGUGUGCGAAAUCUACAAUGAAUGUGUCAACGCUACAAUCAAUGACAACUCAACAAUCUGUCACAUCUACCAACAAUGUACCAAGACAACCCUACAGACAAUUCUAUCCGCAUCCUAUAUUAUAAUAGUAUUCAUCGUGCCUUUAGCUGGAAUUGCGCUGAACAGUUAUGUUCUCUCCAAGCUUAUUAAAUUGGCGCAAAAAUCGGUGGUCAGAUUUGAAACCACUUCAGGACUACCACUUGCUGCAAUGUCGGUAUGUGUUAAUUUCUCUCAAAAAAAAAAUUUCACAAAAAAACUUCAGAUUGGAGAUUCGAUAACUCUAUUCUCAUUGCUCUCCCAAGCACUUUUACAUUACAUUCCGAAGACUUAUAUUCCAUUAUUUUGGCUUCAUAUGUUUUGCAAGGUACGGUAGAUUUAUGGGAUACAGUAGGCAAAAAAAGAAGAUGAGCUGACGUGAGCUAAUGGAUUUUUUAUGGGGUAGAUUUAUGAGAUUUUUGAGAUGGAAAUGGAAUCGAGGGGGGAAGGAGGAGAAGAGUGGUACUGUAAUUUAGAGAAAAUUGGCCAACAUUUCGUGUCGAGACCAAAAUUAAAGGAACAUGUGCAUAUUUAUACUCAAAAAAUACCGUAAAUUCACAAUUCAAAGAAAUAUAAUCAUAUUUAUAUUCAAAAAUACAGUAACCCUCAAUUUUAAAGUAAUAUAGCCUUAAUUAUACUCAAAAAUGCCGAAAUUUCACACUCCAAAUGAACAUAAUUAUUUUUAUUAUCAAAAAUACAGUAACCCUCAAUUUUAAAGGAACAUAGCCUUAUUUAUAUUCAAAAAUACCGAAAUUUCGUAUUGAUAUAUUUCAAUUUUGAUAAAAAAAAUUUGGUAUACUCUCAGAGAAGGUCUGGCUUGAACGGCGCGGUUCGCGAAACCCAGAAAUCUGCCAAUCCGCGGCUGACACAAGAACUUUAGCGAAACGUCCGCGAAAUUAUACUCCGCUGUUAGCGAAACGUCCGCGCAAUCCACUCUCGAAAUAUAAAAAUGCUUCACUACCCCUGAUAAUUAUCAGAAGUUAGUAUUCACUUGUAGUUCCAACGCGGCCUCGAUCCCAAUCCUGUCGUUUUGUAGUCAUCCAUCUUCCUCGCUGCGCUAUCCUCGUUGUCGCGUACGCGAUACAAUUUAUCCUUUUUAUACCCUCCCUCUCGAGUCCAUCCGCGGAUCCGCGAAAAACGCAAAAAUCAAAUUUCCAAGUCAAAAAAUUUCGCGGAAUGCGCGAAAUUAGACUCUCAUUGGCUGAAGUUUCGCUGUCCGCGAAAUUUUUCGCGGAAUCCGCGUAAUGAUUUUCACCCAAAAAUCGGUGAAAAAUCGUCCGCGGACCGCGCCGUUCAAGCCAUACUUUCUCUGAGCUGUAGUCAAAUCAGAAAACGUUUCAAACUUUUUUUUUCUAGUCAUAAUCAAAUUAUUUACCAAUUUAUCCCGCGUCAACAACCAAAACUGAAUCAUUUUCUAGUAUGAUCUAAUAAAUUUUCGUCAACUUCCUGCUCUCCCAAAUUUCCGGGUCUUGCUGAAAAACUUUGGAAAAAAAAAUGAUUAUGGGGUAACUUUUGCAAUUUCAAUACAAAACUUUACAGAGUGGACUUUAUAUGAUUUAUACGACAUCGGCGUUUUCGGUUUGGUGUUGGUUUGUUCUGUCGGUUUUGCGAUACACCGCCGUGUUUCAUCCUAUCAGGUAUCGAACGAUUUGGAGACAACCGAGGAAUGCAUUGAAGUGAGUAGCUUUAGAAAUAUUGGACCACCCACGAAGCCAGAAGCUUUUUUUUUCAGAGUAAUUGUUCUUGCAAUCUGUAUCGCUGAAUCUUACAUUCUAUUCAUCGUUGAAUAUGAUGACGACGGAUAUUGCAAUGAAAAUCUGCACUUUAGAACAGGAAGAUACUCGAAAGUUGUUCAUAUCUCGGACAUUUUUCUGUUUUACGCAAUCCCAUCGAUGCUAAGAACUGUUCUAGAUUUCAUCGUCUUGUUACAUUGUUAUUCACCAUUCACUAUUGAUAGUCUUGAUAGGAUUAUUGUUGAUCGAAGAUAUGCAAUCAGUGGUCCGACAAAACGAUUCUCGCAAACUGGAGAAUUGGAGAGCUUGGAGAGUAAGAAUGUGGCGUUGGCUUUGUCAGUGGCGGUCACAGCGCAGGUUUGGAACUUUUUUUUGGGAGGGGUUUAUUUUGAGCCUACAUUUUUCGUCGUUUUAUUUCGCAAUAAUCUUGUGAACCAAUUAUCUCAAAAUAUUUCCGGAAUAUCUGAAAUUCAGAUAAUUAUGUUGGCUUUGACAAAUUACAAGAAUACUUCUGAAGUUUCUUGAAAAUUUCUGUAAUGUUUUCCAGAAAAAAAAAUUUCAGCUAAUUAAAUUAGCCUGAAAUUUUGAGGACUUCACAAAAUUCUAACGUCAUUUUCUCUUUUUUUUUGUAAACAACUUUUUCACAAGUCAGGGGUCACUGAGAAUUUUCGUCUAAAAAUAAAGAACAGCCUCUGCUCUCUGCUCAGUAAGUGAUGGUCAUGAUUUUCACACGACAAAUCCGCUCGUGUAAAAAAAAACUUUGAAAAAUGGCAACUUGUUUUCAGGGAAAUCUCAAAAAUCGUUCGACUUUCCCAAAAAAGAAAACAGCAAUGGUGAUGAGAUCGAUCGGGAUUUCGGUUUUGAAUUUGUUGUUGAAUCUUCCAUCACUGAUUGUUCGUUCUUGGGCUACGAUAGAUAUGGAUAGUUUUGAAAAAUCUGGGUGGAUGGCUAUUGAGCGUGAGUUUUCUUUUUCAGGUUGCCGAGCUUGAUCCCCCUUUUAAAUCAUUGUGAUCAGCUCUUCAAGAUCUAUUAUUUAAAAAAAAAAAAAAAAAGAAAAAUCAAUGUUCCAGCUGUUUGCCAAGUGCUCUACUUUUCCCAAUUCGCUUGCAACGCAUUCUACUUGGCAACUUCAAUCUACGAAACAAGUGGAUCACCAAGAAGCACAGUAAUCUCCUCUAGUAGUAAUAGACAUGUUUCACGGUGUAUUUCAGAGGAAGAAACGUAG